GCGCACCUCAUUCCCGUCGUUUGUCAUUCGAGUUCAAGUUGGGUUGUCGUCGGAGAAAGGUCACAUUUCUGGAGUUAUGCGCCAUUGAUCCUCUGUGUCCCUCGACGGUCGUUGCUGUUCCCUUUUUCUCAAGGAGUAGUUGUCAUUCACCGGUGUCCGUGUCAGCGCCGUCAUGGCGAGCAAAUACGCCUUCACGCAAGGCCUGAGAGAACUCCGCUUCCACCUGUGCGGCUCAAGCCAGGCAAGUGAAGCUGCAAGAUCAUUUCUCAAGCGAGCAUACCCGACAAUGAAGCAUCACAAUCCCAACACUCCUAUUUUAAUUCGAGAAGCUACAGGCGUGGAACCAAAAGUGUGGGCAAGAUAUGGUUACGGCAAAGAGAAAUCGGAAUCGUUAUCAGGACUUUCGGACAAGGAAAUUGAAAACCGCGUGACUGAGCUGGUCAAGCACGAAUAAACACCCUCAUCUGCUUUCGGAGGAGCGCCGCUUCACACAGAUAUUACCCCGGAUAGCCGACGACUGUGUCAUGGACCCGAACCGCUAUGAAUGAGAAAAUUGCUACCCGGGAGGCCACAACAGAGAAGAUUGGGAUGAGAAGAUCAAAGAUGCACUUUAUACCAUUGUAGUUUCUUCCGCCAGUCUAGACAUCGAGCACGCGCACGCCAGCCCUCGAAGGAACCGACAUACGAACUGUACAUAACAUGUUGGGUGCCAGCGCGCCCAGCUCAGGUUAUACGAAUCAAAAUUGGCAUGAUACCUUUCCAUCUCUAGCAUAUAUGCCAUCUAUUCAAUACAGCCGCUGUGGUAUUUUAUUCUGCUGCAGUGACGUCUCUGGUUCACUAGCUUUCCUCCUGUUCAAACUUAUACUGGGCCCAACCCAUACUACCUUCAGCCAGUGUCCACAGCUGCUUUCCGGGAUCUGGACCAGCAGCACCAACAGCAAUAUGAAUAGGCAACAAAUGCUCAAAAGUAGGAUGAGCCUGUCUGGCAUCCGGACGGGUGAGCAACUUGAUC